AUGAAAUGUGAUAGAUUGCUUUUCACAGUCUUCCCAGAUAUCGAGUGGAACCCAGAAAGUGUCCGUGGACUUAAUUCCCAAAUUUCUCUCAAGAACAAAACUAUCCGUGCUGUUUCGAUUAACGAUGGAGAUGAUGUUUAUAUCGCCGGUGGUGGUAUUUGGGUAAAAAUAAUCCAGGCUAACAUUGGGUGUACCAAUGGCGUUGUCCACCUCAUCACGAACUUCAUGUUUUAUAAGAAUUUCACACUUUGGGAAGCAAUAAAAGAUAUGCCCCAACUCAGUCACGCUUCUAGCUAUAUAAGCCGCUAUCCAGAAGUGCAAGCUCUGAUGUCAAGCGAGGCCUCUGGCCAUCUCACCUUAUUUCUUCCCAACGACGAUUCGCUGUCAACCAUCCCUGGAAGGAUUAAGCAAAAGUUUGCUCUUAACCAGACUUACCUUAAUGAGGUACAUAACUUAUUUGUUUAA